AACACAUCCAAGAAAGGAGGGAGGAAGCUCUCUGCAGUAUGGAAAAAUAGAAACGAAGGGAAAACUAGCCGUAGCCAAUCAGUUGAUGUUAUAAGAGGCAGCAGGUCUGACUCUUCACCAUUAGUUGACAGCGGUGGCUCUGCAACGCAGCGGGGGAGUGUCUCAAGCACCCUUGACACUGGAUUCUUUGUUCCAGGCGAAAAUAUGCAGUGUACCUUGGUGUACACUAAAAAACAGCUGAAUACAAGCAGGAUGUUCGUAUCUGAUGAGGCUAAUAUAUCUAUAUCAGAAGAUGGUGAGCCGCCCACAAUAACGUUGACACAAGCGCAAAAGCAUGCCAUACGACUUAUCCGUUUACUGAAACUUAAUGUGGCUAUUAGAAAAUUUAAGGAAGCAAGAAAGCCRUAUGAUGUAAAAGAUGUCAUYGAGCAGUACUCUACAGGKCAUGUUGAAAUGUUAUCUCGCAUGAAGAGCUUACAGCAAAGAAUUGAUAAAGUUUCUGGAGAGAGAGACAAUUCAGUAUAUGAUGACAGCAACUUCAAAUCCAAUCUUUCUGCUCGUUUGAUGAAAGUAGAACAUCAGGUCUCAGUAAUUGAUCGUAAAGUUGAUGUCAUGCUAAAUUUGUURACACAAAUGACKGGAACUGACCCAAGAGUACUGGACUCACUAACAGGGUCAUCUCCACCCCCACCCCCACCRGAUAAUGGUCAACUAGGAAUUGGAUUACCAACAGUUGUCAUUGGAAGUGAAAAAAACUUGGACUCACGGUCACGAAGUGAAAGCUUUCCUAGCACACAUGGUUUGUGUGAUAAUGUACCMCCCUGGAACCCUAAACAUUCGCAGUCKGAUCCUGUGCUUAAAUUUGAAGGGAUGUCWGACUUACGAGUACAGGGUCCAAGGACUCCGUCUCUAAGCAGCGAAGAUUCACAUGAGAGUARGGAUAUGGACUGUUUAAAUGCUCCUGGAAUGAGUACGGUAUCUCCGAAUCGUAUUCUAGGAGCUCACGGAAGACAAUUAUCUGACGUAACUGAAGGUGAUGAAAGUGUUUCUUCAGAUUCUAAAGAAAAUGCUCUUGACAAUAAAUUUUCACGCGAAAGUACUCUUGAUUCAAUUGAGGAUGCAAAAGAACCAUGCAGUCCUACUGAAGAUGUUGAUAUUCCAAUGUACGAUCCUUUAAUAAACCCAUAUAUACCUGAUCAAAUAAGCACUACUCCACCAAAAGACUCCCUUGAUGUUUGGGAGAAGAAACCAGAUGAAGCAACGAGACCACGGCCUAGGAGCUACAAGCAUUCUAGCACCAGUUCCUUUGGGACUUUAGUAGGUUCAAUGGAAAAUGAAGGGAAUUCGUCAGUUGAGGUCUUCACAGAGGGUUCAAUCGACAAAGAAGACAGUCAACCUACUUUGAAAGCAAGAGAUCUUUCUGAAGUGGACAGUGGAUCAAUGGAUUCGGAUCAAACAGUUGUUUCUGCWGACGAUGUCAGGKCAAAACGUAAAGCGCUAAGGAGGUGUACUCCUAUUGAAGUCUAAAUACAAGGAAGAAUGUAAGUGGUUGGCUAAUGUCUCCUUCACAAAUCACUGAGGUGGUUAGAAGAAUUGAGAAAUUGAUAGUUAAUAUGGUUUCUUGAUCUGUUUUGUCAUUGAAAGAAAGAGUUUGAAAACAAUUCAGAUUAAGUAACUAUCCUUGCAUUAUUGACAGCUGUCAGUUAUAAUUAUUGGUCCAAAACAAAAAUGAUAUUUCAAGAAUGGUGAUUUUGAAAUACUAAUUUGUUAUUUAUUGCAACAGGUUCAU